AAGUGUUUGAAACGUUGACAGGCUUGGAAGGAGGAGUAGGAUUGUGAUGUGUGGCGGCAGUGACGACACUUCCGGGGUUCUUGUGUGCCUGCAGUAGCAGGCAAGGGAGCUGUUAAUGAGGACUGAGGAGCUGUAAAGCCGGCUUCAAGAAUAAGGAAUAUUGUACGGGAGUGGGGGAAGAGAUAGUUUGGCGUCUCCACUACCCUUACCCCGAGUUUGUGAGAGUGAAGGCUGUGAUUUAUAGGCAGGAUACUAGAGGAUAGAUGCAGCGAAGGUUUCUAUUUGAUACGGGCUGUUCAUGAUCGUAGUGGAUUUUUAAAAAGCACAGAGUGGACUGGCCUUUGCAAAUCUUUGUUAGGAAGGUUUUCUUUGAUAGGUGCUUAACUUAUUCUAAAAAGGGUUUUUUUUAAAAAAAAAAUUAUAGUCGGUGCUAUUUAUUAGUACCGAGGUUUUGAUUUUUUUGAUUUUUUUUAUUCCAAGAGAUAUUUUAAUAACACAAGCGUAUUAUAUAGAGUGGCCAUCUCUCACAAGUAGCUGUAGUGGUUGGAACGGGGGCUUAAAAAAAAAAAAACCAGCGCACUUUGUCUUGAGAAAUUUGUAUUCUAGGAAGGGCGUCUUUUGUCCUAGGCUGCGCUUGUUUUUUGUCUUAUUUUUGUGUGUGUGUGUGAACGCUAUUUUUCUUUAUUGUACAUCAGUGUCGUGUACCCACAGAGAUCUUUAUUGAUCAGGAAUGUCGGUUUUUGCCCUCGCUGGGUAUUCUAGGGUGGGUCCCACUGAGGGAGAAUUAGCUCCUUAGUUUGGGGGUGGGGGGGGUACCCUGAGUAGGUCUCUUCCUAGUUAGGUGGGGGAGGCGUUGCCCUUUCCUAGCUCCUUCUUCACUUGUCAGCGGCAGCGGUGGCAGCGUUUCCUCAUUCCUGCUCUUUUAGGCGCUUUGACCGGUUCUUCGAGUAACAGCUUAUCCAAGGGGGGUAGGUGGACGUUGCUGCGGCCGCCGCCUUGCUCCUCUUCGGUUUCUUGCCUGCCUUCCCCACGUCAUCAAAACAUGAGCUGCUUCGGGGGGUGACAAUCGCAGGAGCCGCCGCCAGGGAAGGGAGAGGCUUGGGCGGGCGGCUGCGCCAGUAAAAGCAGCAGCCACCCCGCAUCAAGGGCGUGUGGUUGGUGGGGCGGGGGGGCAUCAUCCUCUGACUUUCAGCCCCACAGCCCGGACUUUAAACAGGCAGCGGCAACAAACAGUCUCCUCCCGCUACCGCCAGAAGAGGAAAGGUUUUCCAGCAGCCGCCCAGCCCAGAAGCAGCCACCCCCUGAACAAUCUAACCACCACCCCCAGGACUCUCAUCAGCUCCACCACCGCCCUCUCUCUCCCCACACCGAAGCAGGAGCAGCUCAGGCGCCCCACUGACAAGAAGCAGCGAGAGGAGCACCCAGCACACCAUCACCCACCACCCCUGUGGUCGCCGCCUUCUCCAGCGCCUCCUUAAGCAGCCUUCCCCAAAGGACUUCCAGCCGCUCUUGCCAAGGGUUGGGCCGGUGCAACUUCGCUUGUUUGCUCCCUACGGCGGCGGACCCCAAUGUGGUGCCUGCUGCUGCUGCCGUCGCCGCCUCUUCCACCACCGCCGCCGCCUCCUGCUGCUGCUGGGUGGUGAACCGGCGGCCACCGUCCCCUCCUUCUCACACCUGCGGGCUUUAAAGGCCACAGGGAGGAGAGGCUACUUUCUCUGCCCUCCCCCACUUCCCUAUGGAGUCUCCCCCUAACAGCCACUUGCUGGGCAGCGCCGGGAACCUUCUGCCCGGCGGGCUGGGCUCCGGCUUCAGCAGCCUGCAGGGCCCAGAGCUCCCUAGUCCUCAUCACGGUGGGGGCGGCCCCUCUGCCUCAGCGGCGACUUCUUCGCCGCCGCCGCUGCCCGGCUUCGGCACCCCUUGGUCGGUGCAGACCUCGUCACCGCCUCCGCCACCUCAGCAGCAACCGCCACCGGGGCAGCAGCAGCCGCCUCCGCAGCCGCCGCCUCCAGCGACCAGCGCCGCCAUGGCUCCUCCGCCCAGCCCGGAGUCGUCUUCGGAGGGCAGCAGUAGCUUCUACGCGGCUGGAGGCGGGAUCCCGUCGUCCAUCAACCCGGCUUUCUUCCAGAGCUUCUCGCCAGUGUCGCCUCACGCCGCCUCCGUGGGGCCUUUCAGCAGCCCGUUCUCGGCAGCGCCGCCGCCUCAGAUUAAUUUACCUCAGCAGCAACAGCAGAACCGGCGGUCCCCGGUGAGCCCUCAGCUGCAGCAACACCACCAACACCAGGCGGCAGCUGCGGCCGCGGCGGCCGCUUUCCUCCAGCAGAGGAACUCCUACAACCAUCACCAGCCUCUUCUGAAGCCGUCACCCUGGAGCAACCAUCAGAGUAGUGGCUGGAGCACAGGAAAUAUGUCCUGGGGAAGCAUGCAUGGUAGAGACCAUCGUAGAACUGGAAACAUGGGAAUUCCAGGAACUAUGAAUCAGAUCUCUCCCUUGAAGAAGCCGUUUUCUGGUAACGUCAUAGCUCCCCCUAAAUUUACCCGUUCUACGCCAUCACUGACACCGAAAUCAUGGAUUGAAGAUAAUGUUUUCCGAACAGACAACAAUAGUAAUACACUCUUGCCCCUACAGGUAAGAAUGGAUCGAAACAGAAUGUAUGACAGCCUGAAUAUGCAUUCGCUGGAAAAUUCCCUUAUUGAUAUAAUGAGAGCUGAGCAUGAUCCUCUUAAAGGUCGUUUGAAUUACCCACAUCCAGGGACUGACAAUCUUCUAAUGUUAAAUGCAAGGAGUUAUGGGCGAAGACGAGGUCGUUCUUCCCUCUUUCCAAUAGAUGAUGGCUUGCUUGAUGAUGGCCAUAGUGAUCAAGUAGGUGUGUUGAAUUCACCUACAUGCUAUUCGGCUCAUCAGAAUGGAGAACGGAUAGAACGUUUCUCUCGGAAGGUGUUUGUUGGUGGUCUUCCUCCAGACAUUGAUGAAGAUGAAAUUACUGCUAGCUUCAGACGAUUUGGACCUCUGGUAGUUGACUGGCCUCACAAAGCAGAAAGCAAAUCCUACUUUCCACCUAAAGGUUAUGCAUUCCUCCUUUUCCAAGAGGAGAGCUCUGUUCAAGCACUGAUUGAUGCAUGUAUUGAAGAAGAUGGAAAGCUCUAUCUGUGUGUUUCCAGCCCCACAAUCAAGGAUAAACCAGUCCAGAUCCGCCCUUGGAAUUUAAGUGAUAGUGACUUUGUGAUGGAUGGUUCACAGCCUCUUGAUCCCCGAAAAACAAUUUUUGUUGGAGGUGUCCCCCGGCCACUAAGAGCAGUGGAAUUGGCCAUGAUAAUGGACCGUCUGUAUGGUGGAGUUUGUUACGCAGGGAUUGAUACAGAUCCUGAACUGAAAUACCCAAAAGGUGCUGGGCGAGUUGCUUUUUCCAAUCAGCAGAGCUACAUUGCUGCUAUUAGUGCUCGGUUUGUUCAACUUCAGCAUGGUGAUAUUGAUAAACGAGUGGAGGUAAAGCCAUAUGUGUUGGAUGACCAGAUGUGUGACGAAUGCCAGGGUGCACGAUGUGGUGGAAAGUUUGCUCCCUUUUUUUGUGCCAAUGUCACUUGCCUGCAGUAUUACUGUGAGUUUUGCUGGGCGAAUAUCCACUCUCGGGCAGGACGUGAAUUCCAUAAGCCAUUGGUUAAGGAGGGGGCUGAUCGCCCACGCCAGAUCCACUUCCGCUGGAACUGAGCCUGGUUCUCCAGCAUCUCUUUAAGGAAAGAAGGGUGCAUGUGGCUUACUGUGUGAAGAUACUGACAUGCAGAAGAAAUAAGUGCAUUCUUCUGCUUCUCACCCCAACUCUCAAUACAUGCAUCUUUUUCAGCAGCCAAACACUACAAAGCCUCUUGUUUUUCACCAAAACCCUACAUCUCAGGCUUACUAAUUUUUGUGAUAUUUUCAUGUUAAAAUAAAAAAAAUGUUUUUUUGUAUUUUCUCCAACUUAUUUUUAUAUGUAAAAUUAAAACUAGAUAUGAGAAUGUUUUUUGCGUAGGGGCACACAGUCUGCUGCUAUAUUUAGUGGGUGAAGCGUGCACUUAUUUCUAAACAUGGGUUUUUAACUUCAAGAUCUGCCCCAGUAAUUUACCAAAGGUAGCAAAAAUAGUGAAGAUGGAAUAUGUCUGCUACAAAAAAAGCUUAUUUUUAUUGUUGUUGCUAUUUUCAGUGUAUACAUCAAUUUUAAAAAAUAGGGUUGAUUUUUUGCUCUCCAUUUUGACUUGCAAGAAAUAAUACCUCAAGAUAAUCUGAUUUAUUAGCUAUUUUUAAACAUUUAUAAUCACAAGCUGUAUUAGCUUUGCUGCUAUAUAGGUGUUAUGUGUAAUGCCACCUAUUAAUACGGGAUUGAAACGUUUUAAGAUACACUGCAUUACAGAUUAAAAUGCAGGCAGCACAAUAUGGCCUAAACUGCCAUAGUUUUAGAAUGUGAAAAAUUGCAUGUUUACUUACCUGUAUAAACCAUAUGCAUGCACUAGACCUAACGAGAGGUGAGCUAUUGCAAAUGUUUUUUUUCCCAAAGGCUCUGAAAUUUAGGUAGCAUGAGCAAACUGCAAAAUUUAUUACAAAAAAGACUUGCAUGCAUUAUUGUUACUCAAGUUUUUUUUCCUAAAAAUGUCCUACACGUGUACAAUAUGCAAAUUAGUUUUAGAUUAGAAAGUGCAGCCAUUUUGUGACCUGGUUGGUAGUGGAAUUCGAUUUUUGCAGACUGGAUGUAAUAUUGUAAUCCCUGUGCAACUUUGUGAUGUGUGGUCCUAAUUAACGUGGAGUGGUGUAGCAUAGACACAAGUUUAAGUAAAAACCUAGAGUUUGUUGUUUUUUUUGAAUAUAUAUAUAUAUAUAUAUAUUUAUUUCAGCCCCCUUGAUUGUUCAUGGUUAAAACUUCCUCUACAAACCAAAGAUGGCCAGCCCACUGCUAACCAGUCACCAAAUGGGAAACUACUGAGAAAUACACAUAGAAAUGUGCUCAUACAAGAAAAUCUAAUGCUUUAGU